AUGCAGGUCGUGAAGCGCAACGGCAAGAAGGAGACCGUGCGCUACGACAAGAUCACGAGCCGCAUUCAGAAGCUCUGCUACGGCCUCGACGCCAAGUACAUCAAGCCGAACCAGAUCACGCAGAAGGUGAUCCAGGGCGUCUACGACGGCGUGACGACGCACGAGCUCGACGAGCUCGCGGCGCAGACGACGGCCUACAUGGCGACGCAGCACCCCGACUUCUCCGUGCUCGCCGCGCGCAUCUCCGUGUCGAACCUGCACAAGUCGACGGACAACACGUUCUCCGACGUCGUCGAGAAGCUCCACAAGCACAUGCACCCCAAGACGAAGAAGCCCGCGGCGCUGAUUUCCGACGAGACUUACGCCACGGUGCAGAAGCACAAGGACGCGAUCAACGCGGCCAUCGUCUACGAGCGCGACUUCGAGUACGACUAUUUCGGGUUCAAG